AUGUCUAUCGCUCCAACUCGCGCUUUCUCCCUCGAGGUCGAUACCGCAGCUCAUACACCAACUGCGACCGCCUCAAAUGCCUUCGCUACGGCCGUUCUUACUACAUCUACAUCUAUAUCUACAGCUCUUAGUAACGCAUGUUCUACGAAUAAUGACUGUGCCGACGAUGGUGUCUGCUCGAACGGUGUUUGCUCAAGUAUCAAUCAAGCGGCACCGUUCGCACCUGCUGGAAGCCUGGGCACAGAGUCGACAACACGUUUGGACACAGGAACAGCCACUGGUAUUGGGGUGGGCAUCGCAGCACUUGUGGUCUUAAUGAUAGGUGCUGGGUUCUGGUGGUUCAAGCUCAGAAGAGAUCGACAGCAGCCCAUUACAUCACCAGAAGCACCUCCCACAACACGCGAUCGGUCAGAGUCAACUGCGACCAAAUGGACCAUGGACAACGAUCAAAGGACUCUGGUUGCCUCUAUGCCAAGCAGUCCACAGCACGCUGCGUUCGCUAGGCAAACACCCGAACUACCUACAGAGUUCUACACGACGCCAGGAAAAGUCAUCGAUGCUGAGGGAAAGGGAAAUAAGGAGAUUGCGGCGUACAGGCAGCCCGGCUCAGGACAUCAGCAUGAUCACUUACCAACAAGCCCUGCCGAAAAGGCUCUCCCACCUCCGCCAUCAGAGGAGAAGCGCUACGCGAUCAACGUCAACAUCAACAAGAGCAUGAUUUUCGAUGAUAUUAUGUUCAACGCCGCAGCUUACGCUCAAAGUCCCAUCUCGAAACCACAGGAGCGCGCCCCAAGAUACCGUUUCGAAGAAUAUGUUCCUCCUGUCCUAGCGGGCAACCCUCGUAUCUCUAUUACGAAGACCGCGAGCCGAGCGAGCACGAUGAGCUUCGAGUACGAGCUGGAGAAUUACCCACAUGGUAGCGGCUACAUGCGUUCGAGCAGAAACUCCAGGCCCGACGCCGGUAUUAUGUACAGCGAGCCGCGAGGGCAUGAUCCUAGAGGCAACGCCUUAUCAAAGUUAGAGGGCAGCCUCUCGUUACCAGAGCUUCCACCACCAAGCCCUAGUUUCAGCUUCCGUUCGUACGAUUGGUACCAAGACAUAAUCGGCGGUGACCAAUUUACUAUUGAAGGGUCGAACGAGCUGCCGGCGCUCGAACUGCCAACAACCCCAAAACUACCAAUCCGGAGUCCAGCAAGGGGUGUAAAUCCUCUCCUCUCGAAUCCUCCAGAUUCAGAUUUCCGCUUGGUGCCAGAACCACUUUUGCCAGCGCUCCCUUCGCCAGUUGCGAGCUCACACCUACAUCCGAGCUCCGCCAGAUUAUCUUACUUACCGAGCCCAACAAAUCCCAACUUUCGCUUAUCACCAACUGUUUACCAGAUGCCCAACUCCAACCGAGUGUCAAAACUAGUACCGAGUCUGCCCAGCACCCGGCCAGCGAGCGAGGCCACACUGACGACAAUGACCCAGAAGAGCCGCUUUUCGAGGAGUUGGCUGCCAGACGAGGGUCUGUACCUGCCGGAAGAGGGUACGGAGGACUCCUUUGAAGUGUUCAAGAGCGAGAGGUUGGCGAGUAGGCCGACGAGCUACUCUCCACUCGCCUAG